AUGAUUAUGACAUUAGUAAAUGGUGGUGCUCAUCUAGAUUUUCGAACACGCCAUGGUGGUCUAACACCACUUCAUAAAUCGGCAGUACAUUAUCGAAAAGAAUCUAUUGUUACACUUCUCGAACUUGGUGCAUCACCAAAUGUUUUUGAUGAAAAAGGUUUAACACCACUUUAUGAUACAGUUUUAAAUAAACAAAUUGAAUCAAUAAAUGAUUCAGCAUAUUGUUGUCAAUUAUUAUUACAAGAUCAUUCAAUAGUAAAUUGUCGUGAUGAUUAUUUAUCUACUGAAUUACAUCAAGCAUGUCGUCUUGGUCUUGUUCAACAUAUUGAACAUUUACUUUUUUAUCGUGCAGAUAUAAAUGCAAUUAAUGUUGCAGGAAAUACCCCAUUACAUAUUUGUGCUGCAACAAAUCAAGAAGCUUGUGUUCGUGUACUUCUUUUUCGUGGUGCUGAUACAAAUAUUGUAAAUAAAUCUAAUCAAACUGCUUAUGAACUUGCAUUAGUAUCACAAAAUUCUUCAAUUGCUUCAAUUAUACAAUCACAUAAACCCGAUCAUGUUGUACCAUUUCGAGAAGCACCAUUAAUUAAUCCAAAACGUCGUUCUAUAUAUAUUGAAUUAGAUAAACAUCGAACACGAUCAUCAUCAACAACAACACCAUCAUUAUCAUUAGCUAGUCGAUCACAAAGUAUGCCUAAAUUAAAUGGUGUUAAUCUUUUACGUCGAAGUAAUUCACCGAUUAAUGAAAAUUUUGGUCAACAACAUCCAUCAAGUCGAAGUUCAUCACCGAAAUCAUUUAGUGUUAAUAGUGAUCAUGGUUUUGGUAGUGAAUGUGCAUCACAUUUAUCUUCACAUUCACCAAAUGCUGUCAAUGGUUGUUAUACAUAUACACGAAAACGUUUAUAUGCAGCAGCACCCGGUCGAAAAUGUUUAUGUACGAAAUCUUAUCAAGCAAAUUCAUCGGGAGAAUUAUCAUUAAAAAAAGGAGAUAUUGUUGAAAUUUUAAGUGUUGGUGAACAAGGAUAUUUAGAAGGAAAAUGUAAAGAUACUGAAGGAUGGUUUCCAAGUAAUCAUGUUCAAGAUAUUUGUGUUUUCAAAAACAAUGAAAUAACAAAUGGUGAUACAAUUGUAAUUAGUCGUGAUGCUUUAUCUGCAUUAAUGAUAAGUAAUGAUACAAAUACAGCACGUACUGUAGUUUUACAACGAGGAAAAAAAGGUUUUGGAUUUGUUCUUCGAGGUUCUCGAGUUGUAGGAAAAUUAUUUCAACCAACACCAUCAUUUCCAGCUCUUCAAUUUCUUGAUAGUAUUGAAAAAGGUAGUAAUGCAGAUAAAGCUGGUCUUAAACAAAAUGAUUAUGUACUUGAAAUCAAUGGUAUCAAUGUUAUAUCGACUCCACAUGAAGAAUGUGUUAAUUUAAUAAAACGAGCUGGUGAUACUUUAGCAUUGAAAAUUGUUACAGUAAAUAUAUCAACAAUGAUACAUUCUCAACAAGAAUCACAUUAUGCAGCAUCACAAUCAUUACCAUUUCGACGUAAAGUUUUUUCAUCAUCAAGUAAAUCUUUUCAAUCACUGAUUAUGAACAAAGCAGAGCAUAAUAUCGUGUUAGAAGAUUUGGAUCGAACAUUAGCAGAAUAUGAAUAUGGAAGUAUGUCGGAAGCAUAUGUAUCUAUCUCAAAACAAAAUAUUGAAAAUAUUAAUUCUGGAUCUGCAUCACUUCGCAUGAAAAGUAAACCAAUGGUACCUGAACGUGAUUCUUCUCUUUAUGAAUGUUUUACAAAUACUCAAAAUCAACAUGUUUAUCAAAGAUUUCGUCCACUUAUACCGGCCAUAAGUGUCCCAAAUUUAUCAUCAAUAACAAAUAUUCGUUGUAAUUCAAAUUCAUCAUCAAAUGAAGCGGAUGAAGAAUCAUCAUUAUCAUCAAUGAACAGUAAUCAAAUUGUACAACAAACAAAUUCAACUGAAGAGAAUGGAAUUGGUAUUUAUAUGACACCCUCAUUAUCUUUAAGUACAACGAAUAUGUCAACAUUUAAAACAAAUAAUAUUAAUAAUAAUAAUAAUAAUAAUCCUUUACCUUCAAAACCAAGUGAAGUGAAACGACGAUCAAAUAAUCGUAAACAAAUCUAUGCAACAAUUACUUCAAAUAAUAAAACAAACGAGAAUGAAACUUCGUCUGCUCCUCCACCACCGCCUCCGCCACCGCCACCACCAUUUCCUAUAAAUUUUAAUUCAAUCAAUAAAGUUGAACAGCCAACACCGUCUGUACAAUCAAAACCAAUUAAAGUUGAAUCUAUUACAACAACAAUAACAACAAAUGAUUUUCAAGUGCAAAUUGAACAAGCAAAAAAUCGUUUAAAAAAAAUCGAUAAAGAAACAUCAUCGAAAACAAUAGUAUCUUCAAUUAAAUCUAAUGGUCAUAUGAAAUCAAUAAAUAAAAAUAAUUCAACUGAUGUAAAUCAUUAUCGUUCAUCUGAUGUAAAAAAUAUUAUAAUCGAAGAAUUAACUCCUUCGACUGGAUUUCCUCCUCCACCCUCACCUACAACUUUACGUCGAACAACAGCAGCAGCUGCAGCAGCAGCGCAAUCAUCAUCAACACAAAAGCCAUCAUCACUCGAUCCUCGAUUAGAUACUAAUUUUUCAUCUGUAAUUGCACAACGUGCAGCAGCAGCAAAAGCACGACGUCAUGAAACUCCCAUAGAACUUGACUAUAGUUCAAAUGGUUUACCACCAUCAACAACAUUUUAUAAUAAUUGUAUUACAACAAAUGGUAUACAAACAAAUAAUUCAUCACAUCCACAACGAUUUAGUGCAACAGCUAAUCAAUUAUUAGAGAAUCUCAAACGUCGUGGUGGUAAUAUAUCAGCAGGAGAUUCUCUCGUUAAACAUUAUAAUUAUUAA